AAACAGGACAACCAGCUCCUCCUGCUACGAAACGGCGACGAACAAGGAAACAAAAGCAGCAAUAAGCACAAGCACCCGUGAGUGUACCACGAAAUAUUCAAAUAGUGAAGAAGAACUCGGUACUGAGAUAUUUACAGAGAGCAAAGUCGUUUUGGAUUAUAUAUUUUUUGGUGACUCCUCGAGCAGUGAUAGCGAGUUGGAAAGAGAUGAGUUUGACUGGACGUCUUAAACCACAAUUCUUGUACAUACGGAUUGGUAUGGUCAUAGAUAAUAGAGGGAGGUCGUCCUUCUAUUACCUAUAGUAUGGUAGAUUUAGAAAAAUUCAAAUAUAAUUUGCUGUAAUUUCCAUUGCUGUGACCUCGAGCUUGACACAGUUUUCACAAGGAUAGGCCUAGUUGCACAAAAACAGGCUUCAACAACGCUUCUACAUGAAGGAAUGCGUUUCUGUAUCAUAAAACACAUGUUGGUAACAAAAAAUAAGUGAAGUCCAAGCAAAACGUCGUUUAAUGUCAUGAUGACGUCAUUUCUAAAAAUAACUUUGUCAGUAAAAAUUAAUGAAAUAUAUAUUAAUCGAUAGCCCUUGUGGUGCUGAAUCACAAGAUGCAGAUAUUCUUGAAAAUGGGUGUAAGGGUACCGAGAAAUUGCAGGUAGAAUGGAUAAAUUUCUUGUUUUCUGACGUCAUCAAAUUAAGGCACUUCCGGUCAAAAUCGAAAGUAUCCCAUCUUGGAUUUGUAAUCUACAGGGUCAAUAGACCUUUUUCACAAUACAUUUUGAAAACGAGGUCUUGUAUCGAAAACGAAGCGAAGGUUGUUUGAAGCUUUGGUUGACUGUCUGUUUGAUCACGCGAAGUUAAGUUUCUUCGAUAUUUCUGUUAUUCUGACCCGUAUUCUGGAAAAUAAUGGAUCAAUUUCAAUCGCUUUUACCACAUGGAAAGUCGGUUAACUGUCUCGAUGACUUGGGAUCGCUAAGUGUCAAAGAAUUGAAGAAUAUUCUUUUGAGUUACAGAGGGAAAGUAUCUGGCGUGAAGGCCGAUUUGAUCCUUCGGGUCUUUGCGAUCUAUUCCCGUUUGGAACGACAAGAAAAGGGUACCCCAAGCUCAGCAGCGUCUUCUUCAAUCGUAGAUGGUGAAAGUUUCACAUACCAUGCCCUCUUUGAAUCGCGUUGUGGCCAUUUACCUUGGAUUCCAGACCUUCGUAAUACUCCCGUUUUCACCUUCGUUCAGCUGUAUGAUUAUCUUGUUAUCAGAACAUUGAAGUUUAAGCAUAUUGCAUUAAAGAGCACUGGUUACAAAAAGCUCAAGUCAUUUCAGUUCUUUUAUGAAGGAUAUAUCAAGAAGUUUUCUGUUGCCAAAGAUAAUAAUUUUACAUUCUUUGAUGUCCGCAUGAAAGCUGCCAUGAAGAAUACUUUGUAUACAGUUCUUGUUGUUCUUUCAAAUUCAACCGGCGAUGUUUGCAGUGCAGCAUGUACAUGUCCAGCUGGAAUUGGUUUAGGUGGUUUUGGUAACUGUAAUCAUGUCGGUGGUGUUCUUUUUGCCCUGGAAGAUUUUAACAGAAAAGGGUAUCAAGACUGCCCAAAGCCUGUUUCCUGUACUUCCAAGUUAUCUUCCUGGAAUGUUCCUGCUUCAAUGAAAUCUAUUUUGCCUCAAUCUAUUGAUGAAAUUGUUAUUCAGAAGUUUAAAUUUGGAAAAGAUAAUGUUAAUCCAAGGAAACCAAAAUGCUAUGACCCACGAGCACCUGAAGACCGAAAACUGAAUGAGGAAGGACUUGAAAAAUUGAAGUCAAAGCUUGCAAGUUGUUUGCCAAACAGUACUUUCUUUUCUUUCUACAAGCUGCCAGAGUCACCCUCUUCAAUUUCAACUGAAAUUGUAUCAUCUUUGAAUUCCCCAUUUGAUAAUUCUGAUGUUAAUUUGUGUAUUAUUGAGGACUCAGUUCCAUUCAAUAAUUUUUAUGAUAUAUCUUGUCCUGGUUUCAAAGAGAUGAUGGAAUAUUUUUGCAGCAUAAAGAGUAACCUUGGUGAAAAAGAAAUCAAGGAGAUAGAAGAAUCAACUCGUGGCCAAGCAUCAAAUGAAGCAUGGAAAUUCCAUAGAAUGUACCGCAUAACUGCAUCAAAUUUCUAUACUGCUGCAGUGAACUCUGUUGAACCAUCAAGAAAGCUUCAUUCCAUGUACUACUCUUCUUUUUCCUCUGCCAGUACUCAACAUGGAAAGAUUUUUGAAUCACAUAUUCGCUCUUUGUAUUCACAACAACUGUCAAAGGAAGAUGGCUGUAACAUUUCAAUCGAAGAGCCUGGCCUUAUUAUAUCAAAAACUCAUUCCUAUCUUGGUGCAUCUCUUGACGGAAUUGUAAAAUGCAAUGGAAACGUUUGGGGGAUUGAAAUCAAAGCCCCAUUUUCAAAAUUUAAUUCUCCUCUUUCUAAAGCAUUGUUGGAUAAGAGAUUUUUUCUAAUGAAAAAGAAUGAAGUUGUGACGCUCAAAAGGAACAGUAAAUACUUUUUCAAUCCAGGCCAAAUGUUUUCAUUGGUUUAA